CGACCCCGCGGGACGGCCGCGCGUCAUGGUGGACUACUACGAAGCGCUGGGUGUGAGCCGCAACGCCACCGCCGACGACAUCAAGAAGGCGUACAGGAAGGCAGCGCUGAAAUGGCACCCGGACAAAAACCCGGACAACAAGGAAUACGCCGAGCAGAAGUUCAAGGAAAUCGCUGAGGCCUAUGAAGUGCUGUCAGACAAGCAGAAGCGCGAUGUCUACGACCGCUAUGGCAAAGAGGGCCUCAUGGGGGCAGCAGGGCCGGGAGGCUCCAGAGCCGACGCUGGGGCUCCCGAGUUCACCUUCACCUUCCGCAGCGCUCACGACGUUUUCCGGGAGUUCUUCGGCGGGCGAGAUCCCUUUGCUGACUUCUUUGACGAGAUGCUGCCCUUCUCUGAGCUGCGGGGAGCCGGCCCCCGGCACCACGGAGGAGGCCACUUCUUCUCCACCUUCCCCGGAUCCUCAGAUUUCUUCAGCUCGUCCUUCAGCUCGGGGGCUGACGCGGGGCUGGGAUUCCGCUCCGUCUCCACCUCCACCACCUUCGUUAAUGGUCGACGUAUCACCACAAAGCGGAUUAUUGAGAACGGGCGGGAGCGAGUGGAAGUGGAGGAGGAUGGGGAGCUGAAGUCGAUCCACAUCGAUGGUGUCCCCGACGACAUGGCGCUGGGGCUGGAGCUGAGCCGGCGGGAGCAGCAAGCUUUCCCCAGCCCGCGUCCCCCAUCGCCCCCGCCACCUGCCCCGCAGCGGCAACCGAGCUCCUCGCCCAUCUGCCUCUACACGGACAGCGAGGAUGAGGACGAGGACUUGCAGCUGGCCAUGGCCUACAGCCUCUCUGAGAUGGAGGCUGCGGGGCACCACCAAGCAGGUGUGUUCUGAGGCUGCUGCGCCCGGGGACCGUGCACACUCGCUCGCCCACGGAGGCACAGAGGACUCCGCUUUGUCCCUGCACGGCCACCCCCUGCCACCUCCUUCCCCCAGCACCCUCCAGCUCCAUGGCAAACGGGUGGGCGGGGGUGGGGGGUGGGGGGGAGUAGUGCUUGUGGCCAAGCAAGACCCAUAGGCUUAGGAGGGUGGACCCUGAGCAUGCCCCAUGCACCACAGGGUGCUGGAGAGGGGGUGGUGAGAGGGGAGUGGAGCAGGGAUUGCUGUAGCUUAGCCUGAGCUGGCUGCUGGGUGGGUGCAGGGCUUGUUCCCCCACGGUGAGGAUGGGGGGCACAGGGGGCUGUGGCAGGCAGCGAGGGGCAGCCAGCCAGGGCAAAGGUAACGCCAGCCUCUGCCUCCAUCCCCCCACCCGCAGCCCCCCCAAACCCCAUCUGCCUACAGCAGUAAAUAAACCUGUUUGCAGGA